AUGAAUGGUGUAGCAGUAGACGUAUUGGUGAGGAUGAAAACUCUUCGCCCAAAGGAAGGUCCGAACAAAAACAUCAUGCCGAAUUUGGAAGAGGAGCUCUUCAGAUGGGCUUUUGAAUCUGCCUGCACGGUUUUCUUUGACAAACGUCUCGGAAUCUUGGACAAGAAUUCUCCAAAGAUUCAUCCAGAAAUCGACGAAUUUGUUUACGCUUUCCAGAAUGUCUUAAAGACGACGGCUAACCUGAUGUUCAAAAAUUACAACCUCCAAAAAAUGCUUCGAACUAAAACACUUCGAACUCGGUUUUAUGGGCUUUGUACUGCCUUGCAAGGAAUCCUGAAUGUUAAGAGCGUUUAUACGAAGAGAUUAUAUCCCGUAGCAUUAGGAGUAGGAAGAAAAGUUACCGAAGAUAUGGAAAUCGGUGGCUAUAAAAUACCAGCCGGGGUGUCUGUUAUUCUGGAUACGUAUUCGAUAAGCCGUAGCUCGGAAUACUUUGAAGACCCUUACAGUUUUAAUCCGCAACGGUGGUUAUCACGAGUGAAAGGAGAGAAACUGAACAAUUUCUUGAUGUUACCAUUUGGCUUCGGCGUACGUAGCUGUAUCGUUGAGGACAUUGCUGUGGUUAUGUCAAUAUCAUUAGUAAAUCUUCUACACACUGCGCUUUUAGUCGGUAAUUUUGUCUAUGGGAGAGAAUUGUUGUACGAUGGAAUCACGUAUAUUGGUUACCGUUUUUGUAAAGCUAAUAAACCUCCUUGUGAUGAUAAUUGA